GCAAACUUAGAACUAUUUUGCGUCAUGAACACUGUUGGCUGAAACUCGUGUAUCGUGUUUGUAUUCGUGGAUUUAUUUAAUAAAUACUUGUUUGAAGUGAAAAGUGAUUCGUGGAAGGAUAAAUAAUUAUUAUUAAUUCUAAAGGUGCUACGGACAAAUUAUUAUUUUAAUGAAUUUAAAUUCGAACAUUCUUGUGAAAUUAAGUGCACAUUCAUAAAAUGAAGACAUCAACUAUAGACAAAUCAUUGAAGAAAAAUGGAUAUCAAUCAGAUGAUGACAAUGUCAGAUAUAAAUUAAAUACAAGCUAUUUCAAUAACAUUACUAAAUCACCAACUAAAGUUGUAAAGAAGCAGGAAAAGGUGAAGAGUGAAGAUGAUGAUGUACGCUACAAAUUUCCCACAAUCCUAUCUAAACCUAAAACAGAGCAAAAGGCCAAGCCAAAACCAAAAAUAAAAGUAAAUUUCUGGAGCAAUAAACAAACAGGUAGCCGCUUGCAUAACACUGAAACAAAAACCAAAACAAAUCGUAGACAUACUGUUGGAUCAACUGCCACUAACACAGUAGUGGUCAAACCGAAAAACUCUGGUGUUAAAGUCUGUAAACGGGUAUCAUUUCUGCCUUCACCUUUAUUUUCUGAUAACCAUGUACCAAUGGUAACUGUUCCUGACGAUUUAACAAUACAACUAAAUGAAGAAGAAGCUAAUGAUUUGGGUGAGGACUUAAACCUUGCAUUUGUGAACAGUGAUAGCAGCACAAAUGAAAACUCAAAUACGUCAAUAAAACGAAAACCCAGAAACUCUAUUGCACAUACACAAACAAGUUCUAAGGCCACUAAACGCAAGCGAAGUUUAGAUGAUUCAGGCUCUAAAAUUACAGUUAAUGAUAAUGAACUUGAAUUCUUCUCAAAAUAUGUGGUACAGAAAUUGAGAAGAAUGGAAACCAAUCAGCGUAUUUAUUCUGAAAACUUGAUAAAUACUGUUCUCAUGUUGGGACAACUUGGCAAGUUGAAUGGUAAAUCAAAGAUAGCAGAAGCAUAGUUAAUAAUAUAUAUAUAUAUUAAAAUAUCCAAAAGUACCUUAUGUACUGUUUAUUUGUAAAUAACUUAUCUUGGUUCUAUAAUCUUAUGACCAUGAUGUACUUAGUAUAUCAGAACUUUAAUUAUUGAUUUGGUUGUUGUAUAGACAAGGUAAUAUUUCUACCAUGUCUCUCUUCAUAAUAUAAUUUAAAAAAAUGGCUGGUGCAUAUUUUUGUUUUACAAUUACUGAUAUACUUUAGUAUUAAAUAAAUAGGUACUAAUUUAAUAUUAUUUUGAGUGGAGUGGGUGCAUAAUUUAAUUUCUACAAUAGUCCUAUGAUUAAUAUUUUUGUGACAUAAUGUCAGUAAUGGUAGAGAUCCUGAUUUGGCUUAAGACUUGCUGUAUGGUAAUUUCAAUGAAGUAUAUAUGUAUAUAAGUACAUAUCAGGCAUGUUGUGGAUAAUGAAACUGUGUUCAAUGGAAAUAUAAUAUUAAGAUAAAUUGCACAAAGUAAUUAUUAGAAAAAUAAACUAUUAUUAUGACAAUAUAGAAUGUGUUGAUAAUAUUUGAAUUAUUACUAAAUUAAUAAGUUUUUUUCAUGUAGCAUGUUAAAAAUAUGUGAAGUAGUUAUGCUAGAAAGUUAUGUUUUUGAUAUAUGUCAGAAUUUCUACAUAUAUACCAAGGAUUACAUUAAUAAUUUAACUCUUUACUUGAUUUUUUUUUUUUUUUUAUAUAUAUUAUAAAAUAAAAAUUCAUUUGGAUAUAUUUUUAUACAAGUAUCCAUCUUGUUGUAAUGAAAUUUGUAAUGUUUUGUUUCUAAUAAAUUAAGAAUUUUUAUUCAUGCAGGUAAGAAUUUGCACAUUAUAUUUAAAUUAUAUAAGCAUUGUAAUUUUUGUAAAUUAUAUAUACAUAGUCUAUUGAUGAUACCAACAAAUAUUAAAUACUAGGUUUUUCCUAACUAACCUUCAAAACUACAAUUUAACUCUACUUCUGCACUAUUAAUUCUAAUAAAUAUAGAGGGGGUUAUUGCCUACAAAGAUCUCAUAUAUUAAGUUCUUAAGUAUCAUCUUGCAGAUUUAUGUUUGUCAUUUUUAUGAUAUAAGAAAGCAUAAUAUCUUUAAAUUAUUAUAAAUAAGGUGCAAUAAAACUGUAUAACUGGAAUCUAAUAUUAUAUGUUAAUGAAACUGUAUAUCUAUUCCUUAAAAAUUAUGAGCUAAAUAAUGAAAUAAAAAUAUCAAAUUAUUAUUGAUACUCUAUAACUAUGAAAGUGUAAUAACUCCCAUAAAUCUUUUUCAUUAAACAAUCAUGUCUAUAAAGCCAAUCUUGUCUGUGAUUUCACUGUUCCGUAUUUUGUUUUUAUUUUUAAUACGGAACACAAACUACAUGUAGUACAUAUUUUUGAAUGUAAUUUGUAAGAAGCAAAGCAAUUUAUUACUGUUGUUAAUUAUAACAGAAUCAGAUUACAUAUUUACAUGUUUUGUUAUUAUAAGCUCAAAAUCGUGGUUUACCGGUAUAAUAUAUGCUCGACUUUAAAACAGAUUUAUUUAUACUUGUGAGAUUGUAUGAACCGAGGUGAACAUAUUCGCCUUACUAAUAAAUACUAGUAAACUAAA